UCCUUCUCCCCUGCACCAAACAAGCCUUCAGCCAAGCCCAGCCACCACCGCCUACUCCUCUUGAAAAUUGGUAAGAUCUUGGUAAAAUUCCCUUCCUUUCUUGUUAAAUAACAAGAUUUAAAGCUUAAAACUCUCCCUAAACCAGAAAUUUCUCAAAUCUGCUCUGUUCUCCUGGCCCUGUCCGCGAGCUGCUCUUGCCGGUGAGGGUGCUUUCGGUUUUUUUGUUCCUCUCCAAGAUCCCGCCAGCCUUCCCACCGCCAGCUCCAAUUUCUUUGCUUGCUGAAUUUUCUGGUAUGUGGCAACUCUUUUAAGUCCAAAUUUCAUCUAAUUGGUGGUUGCCUUGCUGAAUUUGGUCCUUGUUGUGGCUGCUCUGUGUUGUCCGAAUUUUGUUGGAAAAGUGGGGGAAUUUCGGUAGCUUUAAGUGGGUUUUGUUAAAUUAAGUGGAAAUUAGCUUGAAUAAUUGUUGUGAAAUUGUCUAGAGAAAAUCCCGUGUGUUAGCCACUAGAUUGCCAAAACCGGUUCUUUCAUUUUUGUUGUCUGUGGGAUAAGGGAGCUAUGUAUAUAUACAUAUAUAUAUAUAUAUGUAUGUGUAUAUAUGUAUGUAUAUAUAUAUAUAUAAUCCGGUUGCAGUGUUAAAUUUUGGAGAAAAAAAUAUAAAUAAUAAAUAUGGCAUUUUGGAGUUUUGUCAGCAACAAUAUUGAAAAGGAUUAAAUAGGUAGUUUUCAUAUGGUUGUUAAUUCUGGAAUAUUUUGGCUAGAUUUCUGAUUAUUCUAUCACCCUAGCUCAUGGAGUGAGUUUUCUGCUUUAUGCAAUUGAGUAGUAGCGGGACUAAACCCGUUUUAUACAAAAAUAAGUAUGACUGAUUUGAAGUGAAAUUUUUAUACUUUUUAUUAAAUUGAGCAUGCCUACUUGAAAUUUAAUGGAUUGUCCUGAUGAUUUGAAAGUGAUUGGUGAAUUAUGAUUUUUCUGUUAGCUUCUGCCUGUUUUGUCUCCGAUGUGAUCAUGUUACUAGUGACCCUGCUAGUGGGGGUUAAACGCUAGCACAUGUCGACAUGUUAUUGAUAGAACCAGUUCGUUCGAGUGACCCUGCUAGUGGGGGUUAUAUACCAGCAAAUAGUGCGUCUGCCAAUGGGCGAAUACAUUGGUAAUUACAGUGCGCCUGCUAGUGGGUGAUUUAUAACAUUGGCCAUGACCUAUAGAGGAGACGUCUAUUUCGUUCCCGUAUUGUAUCUGUUUUUCGUGAUUGCACAUGUUGGCAUGCUGCAAGUUUAAUAAGGAGCACUCCAUAUUUUACUUACUGAGUUUAUCUCAUAGUUUUUCCUUGUCCACCAUUUCAGGUAGUGAGACCCAAUGCAUGGGGAGCCCGGAGGAGUGACGACCUAGACGACUAGGCAUUAUUUUGGACUUAGAUUUUUGUAGCUAAGCCGUUAGUCACUCAUGCUUGACUUAGAAAUUUUUGUAUACAGAACUUAGUUUUAGUCAUGAUUGUAUAUAUGAAGUUAAUAAUACUGGUAAAUAUUUGGUAAAUAAAAAAGGUUUAGAUCU